GUGUGGGUAAAGUUCUCAAGUUUUUGGAUUUUAAAUGAUUGAUUUUUGGAAUAGCUGGUUUUCACCUGUUUCACCUUGGUGUGCCUGCCCCUCCUCAUGGGGUGCUCACCUGGGGCUGGGUGAUACCAGUCCCAGCUCAUCCUGAGGCUAAGGCAGUUUGAGGCCAGCCUCAGCAAAGGAUCAGUGAUGUGGCUCAGUGGUAGUGUCCUGUCCCCACCCUCCUUCAAUCUCCAUUAAAACACACACACAUGUUUAGUUUCAUUUUGUGGGGAAACAACAAGCACUUAGUUGUUGCUUGGGCAGGGUCCCUCUGGCGGGAGCAGUGUAGGGAGGAGUGACAGCUGGGAGCACUGGUCUGAGUUCUUCACCUGGCUCUGCCCUCUGAUUCCAGUUGUGUUGCCUGCUCUCUACUUCAGUCCAUGACUCACCUAACUCAGAAGAGGGUCAUGCCAGUCAAAUAUGUACACAUAGAAUGUGUAUAGAAUAAGUACACUGCAUGUGUACAUGCAUGUGUUACAUGUGUGUAAUAAUUGUGGGUGAAAUACACAUUCUUUGUGAGUGAGUGAUAUGAAUAUGUGCAUGCAAUUUAAAAGGAAAUUGAUUUUAAAAGAUCUUUGUAUUGGCCUUUCCCAUCACUCUCUCUCCUUGGACUUCCUUUUUUAUUUGCUGAUUAGGGUAAUGAAGAAGAAAGCAAGCUAGCUCAUGAUGGGCAGUAGCUGCUGAUAGGAACUCAGUAGGGUGGUGAUGUGGGCCAUGCAACAAGAGCAGGCAGCACUCCGUGUCUGUGUGCAGCAUCACUUGUGCACAGGUGGGUGGGGUUUGCCUGACUCCAGUCUGUAUCUGCCUGGUGGCUUGUGUACCCCAAUCCUCCUGGGGGGUGCUGUUCUCUUUCCUAGCACUGCUAGACCAACGCAACCUAUCCAGCCUUGGCCUUUGGGAAUGACUGUAGGGUAUUAUAAAUUUCUGCAAGCAUUUUUUUUUUAAAUGUAAACUUUAGUAAAUUUAUGCAAUUAAAUUAGGUCUCCUUAAAGAUUAUUUGGAGGGUAUUUUUUGUUAGUACUGGGAUCCAACUCCAGAUCUUGUGCAUGCUAGACUGAGCUGCACUCAGCUGCACUCCUAGCCUGGCUUGUGUUUUUAAUUUAAACUUUGGGCUUACGAGUUUCAAUAACAUGGUCGGGCAUGGUGGCGCGCAUCUGUAAUCUCAGCAGCUCAGGAGGUUGAGGUGGGAGGAUCACAAGUUCAAAACUAACUUUAGCAACUUAGCGAGGCCCUUAGCAACUCAAUGAGUCCCUGUCUCUAAAAUAAAAUAUAAAAAUAAAAAGGGCUAGGGAUGUGACUCAGUGGUAAGUCUCAGUGACAUGGUAUUAAGUUAGAACAUAGAUGAUGGGGAUUCAUAUGCAGAUGCUGCAGUAGGUUUGUGUAGGUCAACACUGUGCAGAAGUGAUGGGAUUGGAGAGCUGCCCUUGAGUACUUAAGGAUCGAGAGACUUUUCCUUUGGAUCAGAUUUUUCGGGAAGUGCUUGACCUUCCCGUAGGACUGUGUAUAUGCCAGCUUUAUAGCUGAGACUUUAUCUUUUUAUAUUUCUGUACAAAUACAUGGUUUUGCUCCCUUAGAGAAAAGGCACCCAUUCAGCUUAGUGAGUUCCUUUACCAGUUGUCUGCAAGGGCCAACAGGACAGGGCACUUCCCCUCUGAGGAGCCUUACGCUCUUCACCACCACCUGCAGAGGAACUGUCUGUCCACAGGGAGUAGGUUUCACAGGAGCCUGUCAGAAUAGCUUGGGAAGUGUGGUAAGGAUACAUGUGGGGGGUUCUAAGAACUCCUUCCCUGUGCUGAAGUCCUCCUGAGAACAUGCCUGGGCUACAUGAUGAAUGGUGAUGGGAGUAGAAUGGGUUGGCAUAAAGGUGAAGGGCAAGCCAGGUGUGGUGUUGGCAUACCUGUAAUCCCAGUGGCUUGGGAGGCCGAGGCAGGAGGAUUGUAAAUUCAAAUCCAGCCUCAGCAACUUAGUGAGGCCCUAAGCAAUUCAGUUGAGACUUGUCUCUAAUAAAGUAUACAAAAGGGCUGGGGCUGGGGCUCGGUGGUUAAAGAACAGAAUAGAACAUUAGCCAUUUGUUUCUUCUGCAUUCCUGGAGUACACUGUGAGCCCUGCCAACCCUUCAGAGGUGGGUAGGGCCUGGUGCAGGGCAAGGAAUCCUCCCAGGCAGGGUGAAGUGGAGGCCCUAGAGCAGGGCACAGGACGCAUUUCCAUUUCAUGUAUUUUCAGGUUGUGUUUGUUCUCCACUGACCACAGUGCUGUUUGUUGCACAGCCACAUUCAUUUUCUCUUAUGAAAGAAAGUCAUUCUGUGUAAAGACGAUAAUCCAUUGGUGGUGGUACAUGUUUGGUGAUGUGGUGCUGUAAUGGGUGAGUUCUGCAAAUGCUGGGGAGAUGCACUUCUGCUGGGGCAGACCCUUUUUAUUUAUAUUUAUUUUUUUGGUGGCUGGCCUUGAACUUGUGAUCCCCGUGUUAGCCUCCCGAUUUGCUGGAAUUAUAGGCGGGUGGCAUGUGCCACCAUGCCCUGCCGUUGAUGGACUUGCAGGACUGACAGAAUGUGGUGUCUGGGAGGGAAAACCUCACAGAGGUGAGUAUGAGGUGGUGGGCCCAGGGAGGCGUAGUCUUUGCAGCCAAGGGUGUCUGAAGGAGAGGGCUCCUAACUGAAUGGCAGAAGGGCCUGAGUCUGCAAAGGAAUUGAGUGUUGGUUGGUGUGGACUGGAGGGCAGGGUAAGUGGAUGCCACAGAGGCGACUGAGGCUGCCCAGAGGGCUGGUGGCCCAGUGCCAUUCAGUGGGUACUGAGGGUGUAGAAGGGAACUGCAGGCUGCAUCCAGAGGGAUGCAUAGCAUGUGCUGGUUGGUAUGUAUUAGGGUAGUCUAUGUUUAAAAACUCACAACUAGAAUGGUAGCCCGAGCUGUAGGAGGUAAAGCUUAGGAGAGAUGAAUGGCAAGGCUCUCAGGGUAGACAGGAAGAUGGAAUUACUGGACAAAUUAACUAUCGGCAAUUAGCUGUAUGGCCCUCCAGAGGGAAGGAAAUGCAAGGCCUGCAUAUCUGCGAGUGUUCUUGGGGUUGAGGUCUGUUUGGCUGUGAACUUUGGAAUGAGGAUAGAUACAGGGUGCUGUGAUUGUUGAGCUGUGGUAGCAGUGGAUUGCAGAGCUGGAUUGGUGCUGCGGGCUGACUUUGAACAUGGAGCUUUGUGGUUGGGAAACUGGCUCUGCCUUUCCUGUGGUAAUGAGCUGACCAGGAUCAGUUGGAAGGAGGAGGAUAACUCACCCAGAUGUCUUUGUCAGUUGGGGAAGGUGGCAGGCGCUCCAUUGGGGGCAGUUACGAUGGGUCCUUACCCAGAGAGCGCUGCUGAGGUCAGGGCAUUGGGUGAAGAGGAGCCACAGUGGCACAGAGAACAUGAGUGGGAGCUGCAGCUGCUGCUACUACUGGACCCAGAGUGGACAGGGAAAGGGGAACUGAGGGUGUUGGAGGUGUGGGUGCCCCUGAGGGGCUCCCUUCACAGCUUUUGAUGGCCUGGCGGCCAGAAUUGACCCUAUCCCAAAGCCCCUCUUCCCCAUGCAGACUGUGUGAUGAGCCUUGUUGUUCCUUCUCCUUAGAGUGUAGCUUACGCCUUGGGUGUGCUCAGAGUUUGUAUUAGACCUGUGAGGACAACACACAUGCUUACUGGGGCCUCAGUCUGGGACAGGGCAAAGGGUAUCCCUUGUUGAAGGCACUGUGCCACAAAUGCCCUCCAGGCAGUGGAUGCAUGGCCACACAGGCAGUGUGGGUCUUCUACCCAUCUUCCCUUACAUUUGUCUCAGGGUCCAUUGUUUGAUAAUGCACCUGACUGGGGACUGAUAAGGAUUUCUUAACCCCUGUAUGAAGUACAAUCAGAAAGAGGCCUUUUUAAGGUUAGUGGGACAUUUUUAAAGAGCAUUUUCUCUGAGACUGAUUCUCAGUGUGAUCCCCUUUGAAAAACAAAACAACACAAGCUCAAACUCCCUUGUUGCCUGCUGCUCCUUUGCUCAAGGGUGUAUGCUAGGCCAGUCUCCCCCCCACUCCCCAAUGAAAGCUUUGUUAUAAAAAAAAAAAAAGCACUCUAUUUUAGUGAAGGAGAUGUUGGGCUGUCACAGCAAGGCUUCAGGUGGAAGGCAGGGUUGUCACUGUCUGUCAUGGUGGCUGAGCGGGAGCUGGAUACUGCAGGCUCAGGCACUGAUUCCUGGUGUAUUUGGGGAUGAUCUCUUAGUUUCCCUGGAAUCCAGAUAAGCUUGAUUUUCUCCAUCAGUGGGAUGACUUGAACAUGUUGGUGCUUCAUGUUUAAGUGGGUAAAGCACUCUCCUUGCUGUGUUGGCUAAUGCUGCACCACAGUCAGACCAGACAUAUCAGGCCUUAGUUCUCUUGAAGGAAUUGCUGUUGAUUGUUGCCAGCCCACCCCAGGGAGUGCAGUACACAUGUGACCACACACCACGAAUGCCUGGACCUACCCAGCACUUGGAGGCCCACAGGACCAGGACUUUGAGCUUUCCAGGGACUGAAUGUGAACCUGAGUGAAUCAUCAGUACAUUGGCUGCUGAUGGGGUGCUGUCUUCUGUAUGUUCUGCCUGUUUCUUUAAACAGUAGUUCCUGAGCUUAAGCCCCACAAUGUAGGUUUACUGGUUUCUUGUUUAUAACAGUGGAUUUCUGUUUGGAGGUUCCAGAAGUAGUUUUGCAUUCUGGUCAACCCAGAGGUGGUACAGGAUGGCUGCAUCCUCCUUGGUUGUGGAGGGACCAUGGAGAAGGGGAGUGUGGUAGCAAUUUGUCCGUCUUGUCCUGUUGCUCUGGUUGGGUUUCAGGAGUAGUCCAGGCAUGGCCGAGGGCCAGGCCUCAGUAGGCAGUAGGGUUGCUGAUGUUGACAGCUCACCCUUCCGACACCCACUCCUCAAGAAGGCUGUUGGCACCUUCUGAAACCCAAAGAAAGAAUGUCUCCAUGUUUAGCUUCUCUUGUCAGCAAGUCUUUCCUAUACAAGAAACUUGGGUGAGUUUGUUCACAGUUCUCAUUCAGGGAGAAAUUAUAACCAGAGCAUACUCAGGGUACGGAAGCUUAUCACAAAGAUCAAAACUUUUGCUUGCUACCUUUCAAAACGUAGGGUCUCAAUACAGAGUGUUGUUUAUUCUGCUUAUCAUUAAAAAAUUGCAUAGCAAAAUAUCCUGUUUGGCAUCUUGUUGCUACUUUAUGUAGGAGCACAAAAAUCACAUAGCUGCCUUCCUUGGCAAAACACUUGGACUCUUCAUGCCGCUUGUCCCAGCUGCCUUGAGUUUGAGUGUCUCGCAGCUGCACCUUGGACCUCAGCCUGACCGCCCUGAGUGGACGGGGAUCCUGUCUUCCCAUUUCUCCAUCCCUGGGGACUUGUGGAUGGUCUGCUCCCUGGGGUCUUGUGGUCGGUCUGCAUGGCUCUGUUCAGUCUGUUCUCUGGCAGUGUGCUUUUAGUGGCCGUUGGACUCUCGCUCCACCCCUCUCAUGCGCACACCUGCCUCUUCAUGUGCCUUGAUCACAGACCUUUGCCUUUUAUUCACUUAAUUCAUCCCAUUUCCAUAUGUUUCGAUGCAGAGCGGGGUGUUCCCCAUCCUCAGAGUGAUGUCCCUGGCACCUUGCUCUCCUGCUUGCAGGACCCAGUGGGGAGCUUGGUUUGGGGGAGCCUGUUGCUUAGAGUCUCCACAUGUGUGGGUGGUGUUGAAGUGUGUUGUGCUAGAGGAGGAUGUGUGCAGUGGGAUUGGAGCACUCUGCUGCUGUGUCUUCACUGACUAGAGAGCACCCGGUGCCCUGGUGCUUAUUUGUGUUGAUGAUAGAUAAGUUUAAUUUGCAGUAUUUCACAUAUGAAAACUUUUCUGGCUAGAGGGGAUAUUAAUAUUUAUCUUUGUCACAAAGAAGGCACCAGUGAUGCUGCAUUGGAGUGUUCAGCUGUGGUGACACAUGCAAUCAGGAGCACUCAGGCCAAGCCUUGAGGUUUGGAGCAUUUGCAGGCUGACCAGGGCUGCAGAAGGGAGUGGGGCACAGACCUCUCUGCUGCUGGGGAGACUCUGCAUUCCUGGUGGACAGUGGGGAGGAGAGUGGUAGAUCAAAAGAGCUGACCUUUUGUUGGUCAAAACCCUCCUGAAGUUCUUUUGGAGAGUCUUGGCUCUUGGAGAGUCCUGCAUCGUAUAGUCCAGCGGGUGAAAAAUAAUUUGUUUUGGCUUAAAACCUAGAGAUAUGGAGAUAUAGGUGGAGAUCAAGGUGGACAGAACUGUGUCCGGAGGAGCUGUGAGUAGAGAGAGGUUUCUACAACUAUUGUUACUCAGGACCAGAUUUGGGCAGACUUUCUCCAGAAGGAAGCCUGUCUACGGCAGACCUGACCAGAACAAUUGUAGAGUUUAUUUGGGGGUUCAGGGUUCUCAGUCCAUAGACAGCCCAGCUCCAUUCCUCGCAGCUCAAGAUGAGGCAGAACAUCAUGCGAAGGGAAGCAGCUUACAUGAUGAUCUGGAAGGAGAGAGAGAGACACACACACACACACACACACUCUCUCUCCGCAUGCCAGAUACAAAAUAUACACCCCAAAUCCAUGCCCCCAGGGACUCACCUCCUCCAGCUAACCCUACAAGCCUGUAGCUACCACUCAGUUAAUCCCAUCAGGUAAAUUAAUUCACUGUGAUUGUGUUAAGGGUCUGAAACCCAGUCUUUUUUCCUCUAAACCUUGUGUUGACUUACACGGGAGCUUCUGGGGGACACCUAAUAUCUAAACCAUAAGAUGACUUUCUGAGAUGAAAUGUAAGAAGAAUGUUCCAGAGUUCUCUACUCCUCCAUCACAUCCAAAAGCAGUUUUUAUUUACAUUCAUUAACUUUAGAAAACUGUGUAGAAUGUUGGAAUUGAGUCCUUGGCGAGAAGACACAAACUGGCAUUUUUUACGGUACUCCUGUCUGUGGAUUAUGUCUCACCAUUAUCUGAAGAGAGUUGUCCUCAGCUUGCUGUACCCCUACACCUGCAUGCUUCUGUCGUGUAUGCAUUUCUUUCUGUCCUUGACAGCUCCUGCAGAGUUUGUACUGAAUCUCAACAUUAUGAAAUCUCCCUGAGGAGAAUUUCAGGCCUUUCAAACCCCUCUCAUAUUGUUGAAUUCAUGUUUAUUACUUUUUUAGAAAAAACAUUUUGGUGGGAUCUUAAUCACACCUGAUCUUGACUUUGCUUCUACUGCAAGGAUUGUUAACUUCUAGACUGAGCUUGGAGUUGUUUAGAUUAGAUAUUGGUUUGAAGUCUGGCAGCUAAUGCACUGUCAGGCUGAGAUCUUGGGUGACUUCAGGAGAGCUCUUUGCAAAGACAGGACAGCAAAGAGACAGGAGCCUUUUCAAAGAGUGGCCUUUUCAAAGAGUGGCUGUGAUUGGCUGGCACUUUGGGGUCUGAAGUAGGUUGCCAUAUGCAACCUCAGCCCCCAUUUAAUUUUUAGUUGUAGAUGGACACGAUACCUUUAUUUUAUUAGUUUUUUUUUUUAAUGUGAUGCUGGGGAUCAAAUCCAGUGCCUCACAUGUGCUAGGCAAGUGCACUACCACUGAACCCCAAACCCAGCCCCACCAUUUAAUUUUUAAUUGUGCAGAGUGUGUGCACUUUUUUUUUUUUUUUUGGUGCUGGGGAUUGAACCCAGAACCUUGUGCAUACAAGGCAAGCCCUCUACCAACUGAGCUAAUCCUCAGGUACAAUCAGGUCUGUCCUUUGAAAUAAUUGUUUUGUUUUGAAGGAUUUUUUUUUUAAAAUGAUUUUGCAUUUGUUACUCUGUGGCAGAAUAUAUUUUGACUUGGGGUUUGCAAGACCUUAAAAAGGUCUGUGUAAUAGAGUGUGUUUUGAGAACUUAUUUAGCAUCUUCAGAAUGAACACACAUUUAGAUGUUGGCACAUGCGCAGCACAAUUACUUUAUUUUUUUUUGGUACCAGGGAUUGAACUCAGGGGCAUUUGACCACUAAGCCACAUCCCAAGCCCUGUUUUGUUAUUUUACUUAGAGACAGGAUCUUGCUGAGUUGCUUAGUGCCUCAUCAUUGUUGAGGCUGGCUUUGAGCUCACCAUCCUCCUGUCUCAGCCUCCCGAGCUGCUGGGAUUAUAGGUGUGCGCCACUGCAUCUGGCUAAGAAAGAACUUUAUUUUUAAGUAAUUGCUAUCUACACUCCUUUUUUUAAAAAAAAUGUUUUUUAGGUAUAGAUGAACACAAUACCUUUAUUUCAUUUAUUUAUUUUUAUGAGGUGCUGAGAGUUUGGAGAACUCAAUGCCUCACAUGUGUGAGGCAAGUGCUCCACCGCUGAGCUACGACCCCAGACCCACAUUCUCUGUUUUCUGCUUCCAUCUUCCAACAGCCACACUGGCAUCAGCAUACAUGCAUUGCAGCCCAGGCAUACAUAGGCUUACUGUUGGUGCUGUCUGGAGGAAGGUGGGGCCCCUCUGUUUUCAUGCCUCUCCAGGUGGGGCCAGGACAAUUUCUGCAGGCUCUCCGGGGCCUUUGCCCACAUGGAUGUUAGAACAGGGCCCUUAUUCUGUACUUCAUGUUGUCUGUGGUAGACUGCUUUUCCUAGUUCCACUUUUAUUUGCCUCUGCCCUGUGGGAACAUUUCCACUUUGUACUGAUAAAAGUUGUAAGAUGUUCAUAGUUUAACAACCGAAUUCUUUAACUGGAAGCCUGGUGAUGUGAAUCAUCCCAUUUUCCCUAGACUACCAGAGAGUAAAAGGCAGGUUGUCUGGAUGUGGGGGCAACUCUGGGAUUUAGACUUUGGUCUCGAAGUGCUAUAAUUGCCUGUGUGUCUCUUGAUUCUUUACUAGACUCUUCAUGCAAUAAGUUGUAGAUCACAGAGUUCAAAGCUAAAAGCCAAGAGGAGCAAGGUGCCAUCCAUGGUGGCCUUAUGUUCAGAAAAUUCGUGCAGUAGGGUGGAGCCUGUUCCCCUGGGGCUGGCACUACCUAGACCUUGGUGAGAGUACAGCUUAUAGUGUCUAGUGAUUUGGAUCGAGUGCCCUGAAGAUUCUAAGGACGAUAGCUAGAAAGCUGUGGUCUUUGUAGCAUCAGUGUAGUUGAAGGCCAGAGUGUGUUUCUCUUUGCUCGUAUUGUGGCUGUACUCAAAGCCUGGAUGAUUGAGGGCUCCAAGGAUGUGUCACAGUGCUUUUUCAGUUGGCUUUCCUUUCCUUUCCCUUCCCUUCCCUCCUCCCCUCCCCUCUUUCUGGUGUACUGGGGAUUGAAUCAGGGACACUUUACUGAGCUGCACCCCAGCCCUUUCUUGGUUAGAGGCAGGGAGGGUCUCCCUAAGUUGCUCAGGCUGACCUGGAACUUUUGACCCUCCUGCCUCAUCUGGAGUGAUAGGGGUGCGCCUAGGCCCAUUUCAGGUGGUUUUUUCACCCUCCACUCAGCUUGUUAUUACACAGAGAACUUGGGCACUUAGAGUUUUUCCUUUGGUACGGUUUUUAAUAUUAAGAGGGCACAUUUGAUUAUUAUCUUCAUACAAGUAAACACUUUAAUUUUUUAGUUUACUGUUGCCUGCUUUAAAAUGGUUAUAUAUUCAGAGGCCCAUAGUUAUCUCUGCUUAAAAAGUGAAUCGUUCAAAUGUCAAGAACAGAAAAGCAGAAAUAGAUCCAAGUAUUUAUAGAUGGUUACACAUGAAAGAGGGUUUAUGUCUAAUCAGUAAAAGAAGAACAGGUUGUUCAAUAAAUGAUGUUGACAAACUGCUUAAGUAUUUGUGUAAAAAUGAUUGUAUGCCUACAACAUAAUAUACACUAAAUUAAAUUCUCAUUGUAUUACAUGCUCAGAAAAUGAAAUAAAAAAUAUUGAAGAGUAAAAAAAAAAAGUGAAUCGUUCAAAAACUUUUUCUGUUUACUAAGAAGAGUGGGAUCUGUAUGACCCUUGGAGCCCUCUCUGGCCUCUUCUGUUGCCACUCCUUUCAGUGACUCUGCCUCUGAUUCACUGUCAUGCUGUGGCCACUUUACUUUACCUUCAAAAUGAGGAGGCAACACUGCGAGGACAUACCAGAGGGUACGGAGUUUGAUGGCUGUUAUGAUUCGGACUUUGCCCAUGUUGGUUGGGUGAUCUUGGGUACCUUCUAAUAGCUGCUAGUAUUCGUGUCCCCACCCCCUGGGGACGGGGGUUACUGGGAUUGAACUCUCUGGGGCACUCUACCACUGAGCCACAUCCCCAGCCCUAUUUUGUAUUUUAUUUAGAGACGGGGUUUCACUGAGUUUCUUAGCACCUCGCCAUUAUUGAUGCUGCCUUUGAACUCGCAAUCCUCCUGUCUCAGCUUCCCAAGCCGCCUUGACUUAUAGGCAUGGCUUCUAGUAUUCUUAGUUUGUCAAUUGUAUGACGGAAAGUUCCUAGGUAUAAAAUAUAAGAUGAAGAUAUUGAAGUUAAUAACAUUUCUAGAUACCAGCAACAAUGAGUGUUCAUGAACAUUGGUUGGUUGGUUGGUUGUGGUACUAGGGAUUGAAUCCAGGUCCUCAUGAGUGCUCUACCCUUGAGCUACAUCCCAGUACCCACCCCCACUCCCUUUUGAGACGGGAACUUGCUUGGUUGCCCUUAGUUGCCCAGACUUUUGAUCCUGCUGCAGAAGGAGAGGCCGUGACUACUGUGGUGUACAUGCACUUUGGGUCUGCACCAUCACUUUCCCGUCAGCCUUGUUGCUACGGCCCUUCCCGAAAGACUACACUUCUUUAAAAAUAAACCACACUUGGCUGCCCCUCAGUCCGUGGGCAGUGCUCUCUGAGGCUAUGUGUGAUGCUGGCUAUUAGGAAACAUGUGCCUCUUCUGUUUGAAUUGCUGUUGUUGAAGAGUUGCGUUUCCAGAAGAAGAGUAUGGACCCUCGUGGGCAACAGACAUUUUAAUUUUUACUCCAUGUUCGAGAUGGAGAGUGUCCCUUUGCUGGGGGUGGGUUACGGUCAUCACUGGGAGGACAUGUGUAUGUUCACAGGUUCUGCUCACAGCUGUGCCUGCUGGCUGAUGGAUGGGCCAACACAACCACGGCAGCAACGCAGACCAUCCUUCCGCAAGCUUGUGGUGAUUCAGAGGAGGAGUCUUGCCAGCAUAUUGAAUUAAAUGCAGCAGAGUACACAGCCCUGCUGGAGUUGAUUGCAGUCCUCAGCAACGCUGAUUCUCCACCAUGGAAUCGAGCACAGACCCCAGAACCCUCCCAAGGGUGUGAAGCAUGGUGACUCCCCCAGGUUACAGAUGAAGAGACUGAGAAUGGUGGGGUGACCGUGCCAGGCUUUGAGGGGCCGGUAGCCGUUGAUGCUGGAGCUGAUGUUACACGCUUUGGACUCACAGACUCCCCUGCCUGAAACAACCCCAUACUCUCUACUUUCCACAUUGCUGCUGUCACUGUGUUAAGUUGGAGCAAUGGAGGGGGUCUCGUGGCCCCACAGAGCACAGCCACUUCAGACACAAUGCAGAGAGCAGGGACGGAGGCUCUGCAUUGCACGUUGGUUCUGUUCUCAGAGUUCUAGGCAUUUCCAAGAAAAACUUGAGCCAGCUUGCUUCAGAGUGCAGAGGUGUCAGUUGCUGAGAGUGGUACUCGGUUUGUGACCCUCCUUUUCAGGAAUUCAGAGGAGCUGCCGCUUUAUGUUUUCUGGCUAGAGGAAAAUCUGAACCAGGCUGGCUCUCUAGCAUCUUGUCAGUCAAGAGGAGAUGCUGGGUUUCCUGUGCACAUUUUCCCUAACUCCAGUUGAUCUUUCUGCGCAUGUGCACGUCUCACACAUGCACUUUGACAUGUGCAUGCUCAUGUCCUGCUUUAAAAAGAUGAAUUUAAGCUGAUUUUUAUUUGGAAAGGAUUUGCCAGACAUGCAGUUUAAAUGUACGGAUCUUUAAAACAAAGUGUUGGAAUUUACAAUAAAAUAUGGUUCUUUUGUCUUUGGAGGAGCCUUAGUGUUUAAGCAAAGCAUACUUAGAUGUGGGAACAUACACAAGUGUGUGAUUUCUGUUGGUUUCACAUCCUGAACUCAGACUCAGAGGGGAGGGAAUUAUCUUUUGGGAGUGUUUGAUGGGCCUUCUUUUCUUCCACCUUUUCCCCCCUCUCUCAGCCUUUAUGCAGUUGAGGGGUGGAUCACUGCAGAGAGAUACUUGCAGAGAACAUAAGUUUGUUUGCUCUGCAAUCAUUUUCUCACGUUUUCACAUGCAAUUGUGUGUUGCCUUAGAAUAGUUGGUGCGUAAUGAGGACUAUAUUUGUGAGGCCCAUAAAUCAACAUGAAAUAAUCAAGUUUGUUUUUUCUUAAGAAUGUCAGUUCAUACUUAGGGAUUUAUUUGCCUAUUGCUCUGUAUGAAGCUUCAAAGACAUGGUAGAAAAGAAAUAAGGAAAAAAACAUUAUUUUUAACCACAUUAUAUGCUGGAAGAAGAAAGUGGGGUAGAUCUCUGUGGUGUUAUGAAGGCAGUACUGGGAGUUGCUGGCAUCUUCUGUGCAGCCCUGCUGGGACCCCUGGUUUGCUCCUUGUUGGGCCAUCUCUGCACACCUAGUCAAGGUGUGCGGAUACCGCUAGCUCAGCCUGGACUAAACACUUUCUCUCCAAGGCCUCAGCACCUCCAGGGAAUACCAUGUUUCCCUAUCCCCAGCCCAUGGAAGAAAUGGACUCACUCUUCAGAGAACAAGGAUCUGCUUUACCAGAGGCCUGUGGGUUUCCUCUGGAACCCUUACCCAGGCAGUCAACUGCCACACCUUUUCCUCUUUUCUGGUUGUGACUUCCUGGCUUGUGGAAACUUUUCUGUCAGCACCUCCCUUGGGCCUUGAUACCCAGGUACCGAGAGCUUGAAGGGCCCCAAGGAAAGGACCACAUGGGAGGCAGGUGUGGAGCAGACCAGGGAAAGUCCAGAUCCUGGUGUCUCUGUAGGCAGAUCACCUAUACCAGACUCUGCUGUAUAUUGGCCAUUCUUUUCUGUAUGUAAUUUUGCACAAAGAUAAUGAAUCCAACGACCUUAUUUUGCUCUUCGUAGGUAUAUAAUCACACAGAUGGUGUGGUGAAGGGAUCAAAGCCACAUGUCCAUGCCAUUGCUCUGUGCUAAACAUUGGCAUCUAGGCGUUGAGCAGGCUGGAGAGAGGUGGGAUGGGUGGUCCUUACUGUACUUUGGGAUUUUUUUUAUGCCAUUAUCCUCUAUUUACAGCUCUCAGAAAUCAGCUGGUGUGCUGCACAUAUGUUUGGAACUGUUGCCAUGGCGAUGAGCCUGCCAGCCCACACAGUCCUUCUGGAAGGCUGGGACGCUGCUUGCUGGCAUCCGUUCACAUGAGGGCACUGUCCUGACCUGGGGGAACCUGCAUGUUGCCCUGCUCCACCUUAAAUUGUCUGCUGUCUUUUGUUUGAUUGUCUGAUUAUUUUACUUCGGAGUUUUAAAAGAACCCUUUGGUACAUGUAGUGCAGAGAGAUUCGCAAGCCUCAUACUCUUCCUGUGACACAGCAAAAUGCCAGUGCCUCAGCCAGUCUCCCUGUCUCUGUGUGUUAGACACAACUGUGGCCCUCAGAUUGUGCUCUGGAAUGGCCUCAAGUGGCUUCUUUUAUGAUAGGGCACAUAACCAGCACCUUCAUCCAUGGUGGGUUAUGAGUCAGGAACUUUUUCUGGGUACAUGUUAAUGAAGCCUGAAUUCAUUUAUAGUAUAAAUGUGUUCCUUCUGUGCACUGGUAACUUUCUAAUCUAUUUGGAAGUUGAAUGUAGAAAGCACAGUAUUCGUUCUGUGCUUCACUGGCCUGUCGUUUAGCACCCAGCACUUUGCUACACACAUUCAGGAAGAAGAGAUGACAUACUAAAUAGCAUUUGGGGAUGUGGGCUCCCUGAAAACUGGGUACAAGCCAUAAGUCCUCUGCCAAGGAGCACACAUGCGCCUGUCACAUUCUCUGGUUUCUGUCAUUUUGCUAUGGAGAGCUUCAUAUUAGCACUUGAUUUUUCAUUUAAUUUUUAUUUAAAUGAAAGUUGUUAGCCACUGUUUUUGUAAGAACUUGAUCUUGUUCCACAGGAGAGUGUGUGAUGUGCAAAGUCCCCCUCCCCAUGUUCAGACAGAGGCUCUUAAUAACCUCAUAGGAUCAGGCUCCUAAGUUGCUGAGGGCCUCUCUGUUCGUACAAAGUUUCACAGGCUGACCUGUACCUUCCGAUCCUGCCUCAGCCUCCCCAGUUGCUGAGAUGACAGGUGUGUGCUUCCCAUCAGCUGUAGUUUCAUUUUAAACUUCACAGGUAUAAAGAUGUUGUAAACAGACAUUCACAUGGCCUUGUUUCUAGUAGCAAAAAGUUGGAUAAAAAUGAAUGCCAGUUAAGAAGAGAAUGGAUGUUUUUCAGACAGUGAAUGCCAUACUACAGUUAUAAAAAAGCACAACUGCAUGUGUCAGCUUUCAUAAUCCUGAAGCAUGGAGACUCACACAGUAUUACCCUGCAGAAAUACCACUUCUGGGAGUGAUUAACUACAAAAUUUGGAGUCACAAUGCUUUGGGAUAGGAGCAGGGCCAGGAUAAGAUCCAUAGGGCCCUAAACUGCUCCGUGGGAGCCCUAGUGGCAGAGUGGAGAGUGGUAUGGGCAUUAGCAGUCCCUCAGAUUACACAGUUGUGUGUGCAUUUUAAAGAAAAAACCAUUAGCUUUUGUACUGUUGUAAAAUGACCUAGGUGGAAAUCAUACAGCAACACACCUAUUUCCCCUGUUUCCCCACUGGCGAGUGGGGCCUCGAGGCUCAGCUGGUUAUGUCUGCCUCCUGGGCAGUAGCCUCCAGAGCCUUUUCACUUCCUUAUACCCAACUUGUAGGGCGUAGUAGAAUUCACCUUCGCUGUGAUAGUGAACUGCAAGGACCUUCUGACAGGUCCUGACUCUGUCUGCACCCGACUCUGGCCCUGGGCAACAUCUGCUUUGUGUGACUCUGAUUUCUUGCCUCUGGCAUAUGUGCCCGUCCAGAUCACCAGGGAUGAAUGGUUGGUAAACAUAGUGUCACAUGAGCGCUCUGUCAUUAUGUGCCUUGGAGUUCUGCGUUCUCUCUGUGCACUACUGCUGAGCCACAGCCACAGCCCUAACAUGCUCCAGUUUUUAAGAGGCGCAUACAUGUGGAGCCUUCUCUUAUGGAGCUACUCUGACAGCCAGUCUAGUGGUCCCAGGGGGUCCCACUGAAACGCAGUGUGACUAAAGCUGAGGACAAGGGAGGUGAUCCUCUCCUUUCUCUAUUCUGUUUAGAAGUUGUGUUAGCUCCUAGUGCAAGCAUAAGUACUUGGCCACACACCUGGAGGCUUAAACAUCAGAAGUGUGGCCUCCCAGGUUUGCAGGCCAACAGUCUGGAAGUGAGUUGCAGGCAGGCUGAGGUUCUGCCAAGUCUCAGGUUGGAACCCUCCUGGCAGCCCCUGGCCUGUGGCUGCCCUAACCUCCUGCCACAUCGCCUUCUGUUCCAGCUUCCCAUCACUGCUGGAUUUAGGUUCUGACCCCAUAAUCCAUGAUGGCCUUGUCUCCAGAUCCUUAACUUAGUUAACGUUUGCCCAGACCAUUUUCCCAAAUAAGGUUACAACCACUGUUUGCAGUAGAAAAUGUUCCAGUGAGCCCUCCCCAAACAUUAGGUCUCUCUGUAGCACAGCAUUGCCCGUUGUAGCUUAGCUUCGUGUAAACAGUUCUUGCACAGGGGGGAGCACUGCUGCCGUGGUCUGCAUUCUCUAGGUUAUUUGAGAGGGAGUCCUCUCCAUGUGCUUUCUUUAGGGUUCAUUCUGCUGGGGUGUGUCCAUCGUGCUGUUGCUGAGUUGUCUUCUGCAGCAUGGUGGACAUUCAGGUUGUUUCCAUCUUUUGGCUAUUAAAAGUAAAGCGGCUUCUCCCUUCCACAGGGGACCAAGGCAGUGGGUAAAUGUGUGUUGACUAUACACAGGGUCCCUGGUGUGGAAUGUGAGUUAUGUGCAUUCAGUGGGUGCCACAUUUUACAUGUUGAACUCUGGUGCUGUCCCAGGCUGAUGGCAUGGUGGGCCAGCUCGUCAGCGCAGAGAACAGUACAGUACACUGUAAAGCGUGAGGUGGGCAGAUCGGGCAUGUUGAGUAUGUCCACCCAGGUGUUUUGAACUCAUGGUGGCCUCGUGGAGACGCAGCACGUCAUGGGUUAAGCGGUACUUUCUCAGGUGCUUGCUCGCUCUCAGGAGCGUUCACUUGCUGUGAAGGGUGCGCAGGCCUAGGGUCUGGAGAUGGGCAGCUGGGGAGCCUGCAGCUGUGUCCCUGCAUAGUUCAUGGACAUCCCUGAUAAAUGCUGAUGGUGACUGUGACCACACAUGGGUCUGAGCCCCUGUUUGGAUAUCAAGGUUUUGCUACUGCCUGGCUUGGUCCCCACAGUGAUAGGCUGGGCGGGAUCGGGGUUCUCAGGCAAGCUCUUCUGUUGGCACACCUCUAAGUGCUGGGCCCAGUUCCCCUGUUCACUUUACUUUGCACUCCACUACAAAACAAGGAAAUGUGGGUUUUUAUGUGGCCAGGCUUUUAGAAGAUGUGUUUUUGCUCCUUGUAUUCAUGAUACUGGAGUCACUGAGAAGGAAGAGCUGCCCUCGUUGUCUCCUCACUGUAGGACUUGGGGGAGGGAUGCAGGGACAGGACCUGAGUGGGACGGCUAACUUGUCAGCUCUGUGUGUGCUGAGAAGUGAGCUUAAGCUCAUGCUACGCCCAGCCUGGGAAGUACAAAGCACACCUGCAAUGUUAGCGUCACCAGCUGUGCCCACCUCUGACCCUGCCCCCACGUGCUUUCACAGCGGCAAAGUCAGUUUUCUAUCCUCCUCGAGCCACAAGGACAGUGAGUGCAGAUGGGGUGUUGUGCUCAGCAACCCAGUUUGGGAUGUGUGAGAGACUGUGGUGGUGCUGUGCAACCCUGUGUCUGGCCUGGUUCAGAGGCCAGCAUCCGAGCAGAUGGGCAUGCUGUUUCCUCCUGGUCCCAGGCCAAGCGAGAGGAGGAUCCUACAGACCAGAAUGGUGGGGUGCCCAGCAGAAGGAGGUAUGGGGAUACUGUCACCAGCCAAUCUCUGAUGACAUGUGGUUACUAAAUUAGACUUGUUUCUAAGCAUCUGUGUGGCAAACCUUGGAAGUCAGAAAGGGAAGUUAUUGUUUUCCCUGCCUGAUUCACUAAACUUGAGGAGAGGACAGGUUUUGCCCUUUUCCCCAAUUGCUUUUGUGCUGUAAAAGAGCAGAACUGUGUGUAGUACAGAAUCUCCACCACAGACAGACCUCUCCAAAUGGAUGUCAGCAUUUGUCAGCACCCUGUAAACAGGUGGCAGGGAGUGGAGGGCUGGUAGGCAUUGCAUGCUAGAGGACUGCAGUGUGGACCUGGGGUAGAUGCCCUGGGCACAGAGAGGGUGGAUUUCGAGGAGUCCCACACACUUCAGUUGGGUGUGUGGCAGUGUCCUUGGAGCCAGCCAGAAGGUGGCAGCCAUGGCAGUUGCACCUGUGGCUCCCAAGAGGGAGGGUGGCAUGGUGGGCUGGUUUGUUGGGGGUCACCAUGGUAGCAGCAGUGAGGGUAAACAUGAGACGGUUGAGUUGUUCGUGCUCCACUGUGGCAGCCCACUAUGGCAGUGAGCUUGGAUGCGCAGGAUUCUCCCGCUUAGCAGAUGUGUGGUGUAGGGGUCAGAGCAUACUUGGCCAUCAGAAGACAGUGGGAGGGGAUCAAACUCCUGCUUUAUGUCCCACCUGCAUGGCUGCCUGACUCGCUGAAGAGAGAGAGGCACACGUCUCCUGUACUGUCUGAAGCAUGCUUGUGCAGAGCUGUGGAGUUACAGAGAAGGAAAACUGUGCCAGCCCUGGGAGACCCAGGCUGCAUGCUAUCUGCUCACAUGGCCAUGAGAGUCUGAGCCAUGAGCCGAGUCUUCUCCUUUUUGAAAUUUCAUGACUGGUGACGAUGACGCGGUGGCGGCCUAGAGGAGACGAGGCGCGGGAGCAGAACGAUGCCCAGGGGCGCACGCUCUAGAACUCCACAGCAGGAAGACUUUUCUCCCAGCAGCGACAUGGUGGAGAAACAAACUGGGAAAAAGGAUAAAGAUAAAGUUUCUCUGACCAAGACCCCAAAGCUGGACCGCAGUGAUGGAGGAAAGGAGGUGAGAGAGCGAGCCACCAAGCGGAAGCUGCCCUUUACUGUGGGGGCCAAUGGAGAACAGAAGGACUCGGACACAGAGAAACAGGGUCCUGAGCGGAAGAGGAUCAAGAAGGAGCCUGUCGCCCGCAAGUCUGGGCUGCUCUUCGGCAUGGGGCUGUCUGGGAUCCGAGCAGGCUACCCACUCUCUGAGCGCCAGCAGGUGGCUCUCCUCAUGCAGAUGACAGCGGAGGAGUCUGCCAACAGCCCAGUAGACACCACACCAAAGCACCCCUCCCAGUCUGCAGUGUGCCAGAAGGGAACGCCCAGCUCUGCCUCAAAAACCAAAGACAAAGUCAACAAGAGGAAUGAGCGGGGCGAGACCCGCCUGCACCGUGCUGCCAUCAGGGGGGAUGCCCGGCGCAUCAAGGAGCUCAUCAGCGAGGGCGCUGAUGUCAAUGUCAAGGACUUCGCAGGCUGGACAGCGCUGCACGAGGCCUGCAACCGUGGCUACUACGACGUCGCCAAGCAGCUGCUGGCCGCAGGCGCAGAGGUGAACACCAAGGGCCUGGACGACGACACACCACUGCACGACGCUGCCAACAACGGGCACUAUAAGGUGGUAAAGUUGUUGCUGCGGUAUGGAGGAAACCCUCAGCAGAGCAACAGGAAAGGGGAGACCCCGCUGAAAGUUGCCAACUCCCCAACUAUGGUGAACCUGCUGCUGGGCAAAGGCACGUACACCUCCAGCGAGGAGAGCUCCACGGAGAGCUCCGAGGAGGAGGACGCCCCAUCCUUUGCACCUUCCAGCUCAGUUGAUGGCAACAACACAGACUCCGAGUUUGAGAAGGGCCUGAAGCUCAAGGCCAAGAACCCGGAGCCUCAGAAGACUGUGACGCCUGUCAAGGACGAGUAUGAGUUUGAUGAGGACGAUGAGCAGGACAGGGUCCCUCCCGUGGACGACAAGCAUCUGCUGAAGAAAGACUAUAGGAAAGAACCCAAGGCCAGCAGCUUCGUGUCGAUCCCCAAGAUGGAGGUCAAGAGCUAUGCCAAGAACAGCACCACCGCGCCAAAGAAAGCCGCCCAUCGUAUCCUGUCCGACACCUCAGACGAGGAGGAGGCCGGCCUGGCUGUGGGCGCGGGGGAGAAGCUGAGGCUCUCGGCGCACACAGUCCUGCCUGGCUCGAAGGCCCGCGAGCCCCCUGCGCCCAGGCAGCAGAAGGAGAAGAGCAAAGUGAAGAAGAAGCGGAAGAAGGAGGCCCGGGGCAAGGAGGUGCGUCCUGGGAAGAGGAGCGACAAGCUGUGCUCCUCCGGGUCCGAGCGUGCAUCCUCCGAGAGCGAGGAGGACGGGGACUCGGUGGGGAGCACGGGCUGCCGCAGGGGCUCCCCACUGGUGCUGAAGGACCCGUCGCUCUUCAGCUCCCUGUCGGCCUCCUCCACCUCAUCCCAUGGCACCAGCCACGCCGACCAGCACAGCAAGCACUGGCGCGCGGACAGCUGGAAGGCCGUGUCCUCCCCUGCCUGGUCGCAGGUCAGCUCGCUGUCGGACUCAUCAGGCACCGGCCUGACAAGCGAGUCGGACUGCUCCUCCGAGGGCUCCAGCGUGGAGUCCCUAAAGCCCGCGAGGAGGAAGCAGGAGCACCGCAAGAGGGGCAGCCUACAGAGCAUGGCUCCCGAGAAGAGGGGCGGCUUCCACCCCAGCGUGGACGGCGCCGUGCCCAAGCUAGACAAGGAGGGAAAAGUCGUCAAGAAGCACAAGACGAAACACAGACACAAAAACAAGGAGAAGGGGCCGUGCCCCGGGCAGGAGCUGAAGCUGAAGAGCUUCACCUAUGAGUACGAGGACCCCAGGCCCAAGGCCGACAAGGCCGCCCUCCUGGACAGCGACGUCUCCACGGAGGGCAGGCUGCGGCUGUUAAAGCAUGACCGAGACCACCUCAAGAGGGAGGAGAGGCUGGGCAGGACGAAGCCCGAGGAGCAGGAGUGGCUCUUCAGAGACGAGAAGCCACUAAAGAGGAUCAAGGACGUGGGCAGGGACGGCGGCAGGGCCUUCCGGGAGGAAAAGGACCGGGCUGGCAGGGCUGAGCGGGAGAGGCUGGGCAAGGAGAGGUCCCCCAAGGAAGAGAGGCUGCGGCCGUACAAGGAGGAGAGGAAGAAGAAGGCCCGGGACCGGCCCCCCAAGCCGGAGAAGAAGGGCGAGGCCAAGGAGAAGGCCUUGAAGGAGGACAAGGAGAGGCUCCGGAGGGAGAGGGCCUACAGGGAGGACGCAGCCUUCGACGACUGCUGCCACCGGGGCCACUUCCUGGAGAGCGAGGACACCAAGCUCAGCCUGUCCGACGACCAGCAGGACAGGUGGCUUUCAGACCUCUCCGACUCCUCCUUUGACUUCAAAGGGGAGGACAGCUGGGACUCCCCAGUGACAGAUUACAGGGACAUCAAGAGUGACUCUGUGGCCAAACUUAUCUUGGAAACGGUGAAAGAGGACAGUAAGGAGAAGAAGCGGGACAACAAGGGCCGGGAAAAACGAGAUCUCAGAGACUCUUUCUUCCGAAAGAAGGACCGGGACUACUUGGACAAGAGCUCGGAGAAGAGGAGGGACCAGGUGGAGAAGCACCGGAGCCUUCCCAGCUACCUCCCCGACAAGGACAAGAAGAGGAGGGAGUCCUUGGAAGGCGCACGGGACCCACGGGACCGGAGAGACGCCCUGGAGGGCUCCAGGGAGCGGAAGGAGGUCCGCCUGCGGCCAGAGGAGCCGCACAGGGAGGAGCUGAAGGAGUGCGGCUGCGAGGGCGCCUUCAAGGACAAGGCCGACUGCGACCUCGCCAAGAGCCUGGAGUCCUGGGAGCGGCACCACGCAGCUCGGGAGAAGGAGAAGAAGGAGAAGGCUCGCUCCGAGAGGCACAAGGACAAGUCCAGCGACAGGGACCGAGGCGAGAAGUGUCCGAAGGACAGAGACUCUGACAGAUGCCUCAAGGAGAGGAAAGACGGCAAGGAGAAGCACAAAGACAAGGACACACACGGCAGAGACCGAGACAGGAGGGCCGGCCUCGAGCAGGCCCGGGAGAGGAAGGACAAGGCGCACUUCCCCGCAGCCGCCUCCGAGGACGCCUCUGAAAAGAGGGAGGAGAAGAAGGGGAAGGAGAAGAGCUGGUACAUCGCAGACAUCUUCACGGAUGAGAGCGAGGAGGAGAAGGAGGAGUACCUGGCCAGCGGGCUGCGGCCAGGGGAGGCCUGCGAGGCCCCCAGGGCGGAUGCCCUCCAGGAGAGGGAGGACGGGAGGGAGCCGCCCGUGGCAGACAGGCACAGGAAGUGCCCCUCCGACAGGCCGCACGAGAAGCCCCGGGACAAGGAGCCCAAAGAGAAGAGGAAGGACAGGGGUGCCCCCGAAGCCGGCAGAGACAAGAAGGAGAAGGCCUUGGAGAAGCACAGAGAGAAGAGGGACAAGGACCGCAAGGACCGGGUCCUGGCCGACGCCCCCCAGGAGAGGCGCAGCAGGCAGAGGCCACCCGAGAAGGUGGAGAGGAAGCACCCCGGGGAGGACAGGGCCAAGGGCAAGCACAAGGAGAAGCCGGACCGGGAGCGGAGGGCCUCGCGGGGCGCGGAGGCGGAGCGCAGCCUGCUGGAGCGGCUGGAGGAGGAGGCGCUGCAGGAGGGCAGGGAGGAGGCGCACGACAAGGCCAGCGAGGGCUCCUCUGACAGCUUUGCCGACCGCGGCCCCGAGCCCGGCCUGAGCGCCCUCCUAGAGGUGUCCUUCUCAGAGCCGCUGGAGGACAAGGCCCGGGAGGGCCCCGGCCUCGCGGAGAGGCUGAGGGAGAAGGAGCGGCACCGGCACUCCUCCUCCUCCUCCAAGAAGAGCCACGACCGCGAGCGGGCCAAGAAGGAGAAGGCCGAGAGGAAGGAGAAGGCCGAGGACUACAAGGACGGGGGCAGGAGGGAGCCCGGCCAGUACGAGAAGGACUUCCUGGACGCCGAGGCCUACGGCAUCGCCUACGCCGCGAAGGUGGACGGCGAGGAGGAGCUGGACAAGGCCACCGACGGGUUUUCUGAGAAGAGAGAGAGGAGCGAGCCCGAGAGGGAGCCUCCCAAGAAGGUGGAGAAGGAGCUGAAGCCGUUCGGGUCCAGUGCCCUCGGCUCCCUGAAGGAGAAGAGGAGGAGGGAGAAGCGCAGGGAGCGGUGGCGGGAGGAGAAGGACAAGCACAGGGACAGGCACCACAAGGAGGAGCCGCGGCCCACCGUCCGGGACAAGGAGAAGGGCAGGGAGGAGGCCCUGAAGCUGGGUGAGGCCAAGGCCAAGGAAAAGCCCCGAGAGGGUGCAGAGAAGGAGAGGGGAGACCCCACCAAGAUCAGCAACGGCAUGGACAAGCUGCCGCCACCCAGAGACCCAGGCAAGAAGGACGCCAGGCCCCGGGAGAAGCUGCUGGGGGACGGCGACCUGAUGAUGACCAGCUUUGAGCGGAUGCUGUCGCAAAAGGACCUGGAGAUUGAGGAGCGGCACAAGCGGCACAAGGAGCGCAUGCGGCAGAUGGAGAAGCUGCGGCACAGGUCUGGGGACCCCAGGCUCCGGGAGAAGGCAAAGCCCGCGGACGACGCGCGCAAGAAGGGCCUGGAUGCCGCCCCCAAGAAGCCCCUGGGGCUGGACCCGCCCUUCAAAGAGAAGAAGGCCAAGGAGUCAGCUGCGACGCCACCUGUUCCUGAAAGCAAGCCCCCUCCGGGACUGGGUGCCGAGGCCAAAGACUGGUCAGCAGGGCCGCCCCUGAAGGAGGCCCUGCCCGCCUCGCCCCGGCCCGAGCAGAGCCGGCCCGCCGGGGUGCCCACUCCAACCUCGCUGGUGUCGGGUCCCAGCUACGAGGAGCUGCACACGCCCAGGACCCCGUCCUGCAGUGCCGACGACUACCCCGACCUGGUGUUCGACUGUACCGACACCCAGCACCCGCUGCCCACCACCAGCGCCUGCUCCCCCCCGCUCUACGACAGGUUUUCUGUGGCCUCGGGCGGGACUUCAGAUCACCCGGGCCAGACGCCCACGAGGCCCGUCCCCACAAACCUGUACCGCUCCAUCUCCGUGGACAUCAGGAGAACCCCUGAGGAGGAGUUCACUGUGGGGGACAAGCUGUUCAGACAGCAGAGUGUUCCUGCCGCCUCCAGCUUCGACUCUCCCGGCCAGCACUUGAUGGAGGACAAGGCUGCCCUGCCACCUGUUCCAGCAGAGAAGUUUGCCUGCCUGUCCCCUGGCUACUACUCCCCUGACUAUGGCCUCCCCUCACCCAAAGCUGCCACGGUCAGCAGCGCACCUUCCCCAGAGGCCGUGUUCCCUGGCCUAGCAGCCAAGCCCUCCCCUGCCACUAGGGGCGACCUCUUGGCCCCAGCCAUCGAGGGGGCCCUGCCCCCGGACCUGGGCCUUCCUCUGGAUGCCACAGAGGACCAGCAGGCCACAGCAGCCAUCAUCCCUCCGGAGCCCAGCUACCUGGAGCCCUUGGACGAGGGCCCCUUCAACGCUGUCAUCACCGAGGAGCCAGUCGAGUGGGCCCAUCCUGCCGCGGAGCAGGCCCUUCCCUCCGCCUUGAUGGCCAGUGCCUCUGAAAGCCCCGUCAGCUGGCCCGUGGGCUCCGACCUUCUGCUGAAAUCUCCACAGAGGUUCCCAGAGUCCCCCAAGCACUUCUGUCCUGCGGAGAGCCUGCAGCCCACUGCUCCAGGACCCUUCAGCACCUCAGAGCCCCCGUUCCCCGUGUCCCCCAGCUCCUACCCCUUGCCAGCCACCGAACCGGGCCUGGAGGAGGUCAAAGACGAUGGGGCGGCAGCCAUCUCCGUGGCCGUCUCCACCACAGAAGGGGCCACUGCGUAUGCCACGCCUGCCAGACUGGAGUCUUUCUUCAGCGGCUGCAAGUCACUCCCUGAGGCACCUCUUGACGUGGCCCCUGAGCCCACAUGUGUCACCACGGUGACCCAAGUGGAGGCUCUGGGGACCCUGGAAAGCAGCUUCCUGGACGGUGGCCACAGCCUGUCUGCCCUCAGCCAGGGCGAGCCAGUGCCCUGGCAUGACGCCUUCACCAGCCCCGAGGAUGACCUGGACCUGGGGCCCUUCUCGCUGCCCGAUCUCCCCCUCCAGCCCAAAGACGCCUCAGAUGUCGAGACUGAGCCCGUGGAAGGGAGUCCCGUCCCACCAGAGGAGAGCGCCCCUGGGGCUGAGGGGCAGCCCAUACUGCCUCCUGACCAGGCCUCUCCCCCACUUCCCGCCGAGUCUGAGCCCUCAGAGGAGCCAAAGCUGGACGUGGUUCUCGAAGCCGCGGUGGAGGCAGAGACUGUGGCAGGUGAGAGGACCCCCGAGGACUUGGACUCUGGCUCGGCACUGGCCCCUGGCCCUCCCGAACAGUGUCCCCUGGGGGGCGGAGCUGAGGAGACCAAGACUGAGGACCCCUCCACCACUCCCCGUCAUGCACCCGACGGCCCUGCUACUGAUGGCACGGCACAGACGCCUGACAGUGCUGAGGUCACCCCUGCUGCCAUCCCCGUGGAGGGGCCCCCAGGCAGCCUCCAGCCAGAAGCUACGGAUCCAGAGCCCAAGCCCACGGCCGAGCCCCCGAAAGCCCCCAAGGUGGAGGAGGUCCCUCAGCGCAUGACCAGGAACCGCGCUCAGAUGCUGGCCAGCCAGAGCAAGCAGAGCACGCCUCCUACGGAUAAGGAGCCCGCCCCCACGCCCACCCCAGCUGCCAGGGCCAAAGGCCGUGCCUCUGAGGAGGAGGAUGCCCAGGCCCAGCACCCCCGCAAGCGCCGCUUCCAGCGCUCCAGCCAGCAGCUGCAGCAGCAGCUGAACACAAGCACGCAGCAGACGCGGGAGGUCAUCCAGCAGACGCUGGCCGCCAUUGUGGACGCCAUCAAGCUGGAUGACAUUGAGCCCUACCACAGUGACAGGUCCAACCCCUACUUCGAGUACCUCCAGAUCCGAAAGAAGAUUGAGGAGAAGCGCAAGAUCCUCUGCUACAUCACGCCCCAGGCACCCCAGUGCUACGCCGAGUACGUCACCUACACCGGGUCCUACCUCCUGGACGGCAAGCCGCUCAGCAAGCUGCACAUCCCUGUGAUUGCACCCCCCCCUUCCCUGGCGGAGCCCCUGAAGGAGCUGUUCAAGCAGCAGGAGACGGUGCGGGGAAAGCUGCGUCUACAGCACAGCAUCGAGCGGGAGAAGCUGAUCGUGUCGUGUGAGCAGGAGAUCCUGCGGGUGCAUUGCCGGGCGGCCAGGACCAUCGCCAACCAGGCAGUGCCUUUCAGUGCCUGCACGAUGCUGCUGGACUCUGAGGUCUACAACAUGCCUCUGGAGAGCCAGGGCGACGAGAACAAGUCCGUUCGAGAUCGCUUCAAUGCCCGCCAGUUCAUCUCCUGGCUACAGGACGUGGAUGACAAGUACGACCGAAUGAAGACCUGCCUCCUGAUGCGGCAGCAGCACGAGGCCGCAGCCCUCAAUGCCGUGCAGAGGAUGGAGUGGCAGCUGAAGGCACAGGAGCUGGACCCCGCAGGGCACAAGUCGCUGUGUGUGAACGAGGUGCCCUCUUUCUACGUGCCCAUGGUCGAUGUCAACGAUGACUUUGUGCUGCUGCCAGCGUGACACCAGGGGAAAGUCGCAGGACACCGGCGAGGGCCGUAGUCACCAGUGCUGCUGACGUGCCCGCGGUGCAGGAGGGCACCAUGCCGGCCAGGUGGGAGGAGCCCAGAGACUGCACCUGGCCACACGCCUCGCCUGCCAGACCAGCCCGGAGGCCAGGAGACCAGAGUCUUUACCAGCGGUGGCAGGGAGAACGGGCCCCCACGCUGCAGUGCCUCGUUGGCCCCAGCGGGAGGAGGAGACCGUGGCCCAUCCAGAGGGGCACCUGGGUCCCUCCCAGCCAGCCGCAGGCACCCGAGGAGCAGGAGAGUGCGCUUUUGAAGUCCCUGCUCCCUUCUGAUCAACUAAAGGAAACGACUGAGGCGUCCACCUCGCACAACAGUGACCUCUGGUCGGGGGCAGGAGUGUCCCCCCGCCACGGUCCUCAGGACAGGCUGGGACACUGAGGUUGCUAGUGCCAGGCGAGGGCCACCUGCCGGCCACAGAGGGACUCAGCCAGGACUCUCCAAUAGUGUUUUUAAUGGAGUCAAAUCCACGUGGUUUGUAUAUUUUUUUCCUUUAAUCUUGGGCAUUUUGUUUCUCUUUCUGAGAACGUAACUUGAAACACUACAGAGCCAAUAAUCCUAUAGAGAGUAUCCGCGAACGAACGCUGUACAGUUUUAUAUACAUUCACAAUGUACUUUUGCUGCCUUCUAGAUAAUUUAUUUUGCAACACAUUACUGCACAGUUGUAAAUAACUUAUGUACUGUAACAUCACUUUCAGUUAUGUGUAAAGAAAUAAAUAAAUUAAUUAAAAUGCUUC